UUUAUUUCAGAUAUUCUAAUAAUAUUUAAUCUGUUUUUAUCAUCUUAUUAUUCUAAAAUAAUAAGCAUUCAUUCAUUAAUUAUUGCAUUAUUUAUUUGUCAAAUUAAUUAAAUAGAUCAAAUUAAGUAUAAUUAAAAGUAUUAAUUCAAUACAGAAAUGAACUACGGUAAUAACAUUAUUCCGAUGAACUUUAAUUAAGGAAGCUAGAAUUACUAUCCAUAAUAAAAUAAUUAGGUGCCAGGAUAUUAAUAAAGAAUUGAUUACAAUAAUAAUAAUAAUUAUUCUUAAAUUAAUGAUGGAAAUGCGACAUAAAAUGUUUAAUAAUUAUAUGAUGAGCUUUGUUUACGAUAUUCAGAGCUUUUAGAUCAAAAUCAGAUUAUGAAAAAGGAAAUAGAAGAUAAAAACUAUUUAAUUGAAAGUCUUCAAGCAGCGAAUAAUGAUCUUGCUUCUGAGAAAGAAAUCUAUCUGAUUCAAUUGAGAGAGUUGGAAAACAAUAGAAAUUUAUGUGUUAACAAUGACAACUUUAGCUUCAUCAGAGAUAGUUAAUAGGAAAAAAAGCAGAUAGAGGAGAUGAAGAAGUUUGAGAAAAAGAAAUCUUAAAAAUAAAAUUAAGUUAGUAGCUAGCAAAGUUAAAAUUAAUAUUAAGGCAAUAAUUAAAACAGACAUAUAAACAACUAUCAACAAAGAAAUUAUAAUUUAAGAUAAAGAUAAUAGAAUAAUAAUAACAGUAGAUAAAAUAAUAAUAAUUUUGGUAAUCUUAAUUUAGAUGUUGAGAAUAUGUCUUAUGAGUAACUACUUGAGCUAGAAAAUUAAAUGGGUAAAGUUCAUACUGGUUUUACAAGGUAAUAAAUAGAAGCUUUGAAUAUUAUUGAAUUCGAUGGAUCUAAAAUGUAGAACGUUGACAAGAGUUGCUCUAUCUGCUAAAACGAUUACGAAGACAAAGAUAAACUUAGAUUACUCAAUCCAUGCCUUCAUUUAAUGCACUAACAAUGUGUAGAUUAAUGGCUUCUACAAAAUAAAAAAUGUCCAAUUUGCUAAACAGAAGUUUAAAUAGAUUGA